CUGGAAGGUCAUACACAUGAGAACGAUGUUCAGCGUGCAUCUAAGUUUGUCUCUGAACCAAGCGAAUCCAGUACUCUGAGCUGGACAACGAAUUCUUUUUCUAUAAAAUUGAUGAAAUCAAUGUCCAUGGAUAUAUAUAUAUGCGUAUAUCAAAUUUAAAUUUGUAGUUGCCAUAACAGCAAGUUAUGCAAAUGCGUUAAUAUAGGUCUAUGUUCAUCACCAACUAAGAUGACAUCGAGUGAAAAAGAGUCAGUAACUGGUAGAGAUGAGAUACAACUAGAUUGUGAUAAUGGUGGCAUUGAAUCAGUCAAGAGGAUAUUUCGUAGGAAAGAAGAUGGUCGAUUAUCUGAUGAAAUGGAUGAUGUAUUAAGAUUUAGUCUUGGCGCAUUUGCACUUGGAUUUGUGUACGGUGGAUUGCCAGCUUCAAGUCUACUGCGGAGAAGAUACAUAGAAAAAAGCCAAGGAGAAGUUUAUUCACACCGUGUUGAUGCUGCGCGUCAGUCACAGCAUGCCGGUGUCAGAGGAUUGAUACGAUAUGGCUGGAGAUGGGGAUGGAGGGUUGCUGCUUUGGCAGGAAUGUUUCAAGGAGGCAGUCUUAUCAUCGCUCUAUAUCGUAACAAAGUAGAUGUGUUAAAUUACAUAGCUGCAGCAGGAAUAUCUGGUAGUUUAUACAAAACCGCAUUGGGACCACGAGGAAUGGUAGCAGGUGGUAUUCUUGGAGCAGUCUUAGGAGUACCGGUUGGGUUCUCUUUGGUUUCUCUGCAAAAACUAGCAGGUGAAGAUGUUCUGGAAAAAUUUCGAAGAAUGAAACGAGACGUAAUCUUGAAUGAUGCAAAAGAAUUGAGAACAGCUGGAGAAUUCUUAGAUAUUGCUUUGAAUAUGGCAGAAAAAGAGAUGAAAGAAUCUAAUGAGGCUCUUGCUAUGUCAUCACCUCCUAAACCACAGUUACCAUCACAGGAAAGCUGAUACGGGAUGAAGAAUUUAUAUUUAUUUUGACUUUAUCAAUACUGUAGAAAUUAUUAAUUCUGGCAACACAUCAAUGGUAUUGAAUUGCACAACAAUUUUAAUUUGAAGCAUUUUUUUCUUGUGGAUUUGAUGAUUGAAAUGUAUUUUUUGUACAUUAUUUUUCUUUAAGAAGACUACUUCCCUAUGUACCUAUUAGCAAAUUAGACACCAAUUCUAUUCCAUUUUAUUACAGUACCAUAGGUAAAACAUGUAUUCCCUAGCUCUGCUCAAGUUUGUUAUUUGAAUCUUAUGGUGCAUGGUAGAAUUGAGUUUGGCAGUGCUUAUGCUGUGUUUUAAUGAUGGAUAGUUUGCCUAAAUUAUGACCAUAACAUUUUUGUGUAUUAUUAUUUUUAAUUUUAAAAUAGGGUUCAGUUGUAGUUAAUAAGAAUGCCAUUGUGAC